CCUUUGGGGGGACCCAGCUUCCUAGGAUCCCACCACGGCAGAUGGGCCGCCCCUGGCCCUGCCGGGGCUUGCCUGAGGUCCAGCUUAGCCCUUAGACAUCAUGUCAGACAGUGAUCUGGGUGAGGAUGAAGGCCUCCUCUCCCUGGCAGGCAAGAGGAAGCGCAGAGGGAACCUGCCCAAGGAGUCAGUAAAGAUCCUCCGUGACUGGCUGUACUUGCACCGCUACAAUGCCUACCCCUCUGAGCAGGAGAAGCUAAGCCUUUCUGGACAAACCAAUCUGUCUGUGCUACAGAUAUGUAACUGGUUCAUCAACGCUCGGCGGCGGCUUUUCCCAGACAUGCUUCGGAAGGAUGGCCAAGACCCCAACCAAUACACCAUUUCCCGCCGAGGGGGCAAGGCCUCAGAUGUGGCCCUCCCCCGUGGCAGCAGCCCCUCGGUGCUGGCUGUGUCUGUACCAGCCCCCACCAAUGUGCUCUCCUUAUCUGUGUGCUCCAUGCCACUCCACUCAGGCCAGGGGGAAAAGCCAGCAGCUCCCUUCCCACAAGGGGAGCUAGAACCCCCCAAGCCCCUGGUGACCCCUGGCAACACUCUCACCCUGCUGACCAGGGCUGAAGCCGGAAGCCCCACCGGUGGACUCUUCAACACACCCCCACCCACACCCCCAGAGCAGGACAAGGAGGACUUCAGCAGCUUCCAGCUACUGGUGGAGGUGGCACUACAGAGGGCUGCUGAGAUGGAGCUUCAGAAGCAGCAGGACCUAUCGCUGCCGUUACUGCACACUCCCAUCCCCUUCGUCUCUGAAAACCCCAAGUAGGCAUCUGCCCACAGGGGUGCUCGAGGCUCGAGCCAGCUGUCCUGGGUUUCUGUUUUGGUUCCCUUUCAUACAGAGUUUUCUUUGGUUCACUGCCAAACAUCAGGAUCAUCUCCUCUGUCCAGGAUCUUCAGCAGGAAGACACCAGCUGGUGUCACUGCACUGUGAUGGGGACCUCCUCUGCUGACUGCCUUUCUCCAGGCCUCCUCAGGUGAUGAGACCAAGAGAGUGGAGACAGGCAUGGUGCUGCUACUUCUCCAGAGAACCCACAGGACACCUUUGUUCCAGCUGCUUUCCUGGGCUGCACACAGGAAACCUGCCAAGUUCAGACCUAUGUUGGGUCCAGGUUGUCCCUGAGCUGGCUGCUCUGUUAAGCAGUGUGGACAUUCCUAGUUCUUAAGUGUGAA